CUCACAUCAAAGAAAUGGCCCCAACAGAGAAGACAAUUAUACUAAUUACUGGUGCGAAUAGUGGUAUCGGCUUCGAGCUGGCGGCGCAACUACUUUCCAAUGCCUCUAACCAUGUCUUACUUGGCAGCCGUUCCGUAGAGAAGGGCGAAGCAGCAGUGAAGGAACUUCAAUCGCGAAAUCUACCGGGUACCGUGGAACUGAUCCAACUCGACGUCGCAAGUGAGGACUCUAUCUUCGCAGCGGCCAAGGAAGUUGAAAGCAAGCAUUCCAGGCUCGACGCGCUGGUCAACAAUGCCGCAGUCGCUGGUUCGUCAGGAUCGUUCGCACAGCGGCUCAACGAAUGCUUCCGGACCAACGCCACCGGCCCGGCCGUCAUGGUCGAAGCCUUCGCUCCACUGCUUGAAAAGUCGGCCAGCACGCCUCGCAUCGUCAAUGUCACAUCCGGUGGGGGCUCGAUUGCGAUGCGUCUUGAUCCGAAUGGUCCCGGAAAGAAUAUCAAAAACGUGCAGUAUCGAGCGAGCAAGUCGGCUCUGAACAUGGUUAUGGCGUGUCAGGCGGUGGAAUACGGGCCGCGGGGCUGGAAGGUGUUUGCCUUCUGUCCAGGGUAUACCGCCUCCAAUCUGUCGGCGUCAAACAAGGUGGAGCUCGGUGCGCAACCAACGAGCGAAGGUGCUGCGCCUAUUGUUGAUAUUUUGGAUGGGAAGAGGGAUGGCGAGCAUGGAGGGUACUUGCAUGCUAAGGGCCAGUAUGCUUGGUAG